AUGGACAUCGACGACAUCCUCCGUGAGGUCGACCCCGUCUCGCACUCCAUCCCCGCCGAGACACGCGACCUCCAAGCCCUGACGCGCGCCUGGGUAGCAGAGCGCUCCGCCCCAGAACUCCUCGAAUGGCCCCCAGACGGCCUCUUCGAGCGCGUCAACGACCGCAUUAAGUCCCAGAUCGAAAAAGUCGAAGACAUGACGGGUGACAUGGACCCCAAGACCAACUUCGCCCUCAUCGUCAUCCAGACCGAGCUCGAGCGCUUCAAGUUCAUCGUCCGCUCCUACCUGCGCGCCCGCAUCGCCAAGAUCGACCGCCACGCCCUGCACUACCUCUCCUCCCCAGCCCUCCGCGCCCGCCUCUCCGAGACCGAGCUCGCCUACGCCACCCGCCACCAGGCCCUCCUGCACAACCACUACCUCUCGUCCUUCCUGUCCUCCUUCCCGCCCGGGCUGCAGAACCUCAACGACACGGCGGGCAACAUCAGCAUGAUCGACGGGCCCGACGUGGACACGGCCGUGUUCAUCAGGCUGUUGAGGGACGCGACGGUCGAGGGCAAGGGGACGGAUUCGGACGGCAGUGUGGAUGGGAAGGCGGGGGAUAUUUUGAUUCUGAGGUGGUCGAGCGCGAAGGUCGUUGUUGACGCGGGGGAUGCUGAGCUUGUGUGA